AUGGAUGUCCCUGAUUGUUCUACGGAUGGCGUACAGUCCUCAACAAGAAAGGAGGCGAGACAGGCGACAAAUGUGACAUGCGGUCUGUCCCCAAGUGUGACGUCAGCCGUGGUGCGAUCAAAGUUAAUCAAGGAGGAGCUCAUCCUUGAGCUACAAAGGAGAGGCAUUCCUCCUGCUGAAGGGGCCAGCAAUCAAGACAUGAUCAUCCAGCUCCGGCGUGAAAUAGAUGGGCACAUCGCGAGCAGACAGGGACAGGGCAGAGUGACGGCGUCUAGUCUGUCUGGAGAGGUGUCCCUGGCUGUGCUACCCAGGCUGGACCCAGACGAUCUACGGUACGAGCUGCUCCGGAGGAACGUAACUCCCGCUGGGGAAUCCACCAAAGAAAGUCUGAUAGCACAGCUCUGGGAGGAGAUGGGGAAGGAGUACUUUAGCCGGCAGGCAAGUUCAGUGAAUUUAGGAAACAACAUAAGAAACACACUAAUGCAUGAAGAACCUGGAACAGAGGAAACAAGCGAGGCUAGACCAGCGAAGGAGACACCCUUUGGAGCAAAGGGAACAACUGAUGCUGAAGAAGAGGAAACAGAUGAGAAGGAACCCACUGAAGCACAGGGGACAAGUUAUAUUGGUGUAAAGGAAACACGUGAUGACGGACAGAUGCAGAAACCAUCAGAUACAUCAUUGGGCCAGGGCACGCCAGAAGUAGUGUUUGUUGAUCAGAGUCCAAGCCCCAGUGUAACCGUGAAGAGGAAACAAACUCAAGAUCCCAACAUCGGAGCGAGCAUGUCUAAGAGAAGCAACACAGGUGAAGAAACAACCAUGUCGAAUUUGGCUACAACGGGGAAUCCUGUCAAGCAAGAGUCACGUCCGACUUAUGAAAAUACGACCGGUUCAGGAGAAGCACCUUGGGCUAGUACUGGUCCAGGGUCAAGCGAUCCUACGGUAAUGACUAUUGCUGCGAGAUCAGGUGCCAACACUCCCAUUUACUUCCCCUGUCAGGUGGAAGGAUGUAGCCACAAACCACGCUCCAAGAAGGCUCUCGACAAACACAUGCAACGAGAACACACGGAGAAAAAGUACAAAUGUGACCAGUGUGACUUUAAAGCAGCAGAAGACUGGAUUCUAAAGGGUCAUAAAACGCGAAAACAUCCUGGGAAUGUAGGUACUAGUAUUUAAAAAUGCACGUUUCCUGAACAUAUGACCAGCAUUGCACCAGAACAACUCCAAUGGUGAGAAGCACUUACCAGAUAACCAACCAAAUACAAAACAAGCUUUAAGCAAACAGAAAAAAAUGUGCAGACCUAGAAAUCUACAAACAAGGAUUGCUGAUAAAGAGAAAGAGCUUCACGUAAAUAUAUGUAGUACUACUAGUAGCCACUAUAAUUGUCUAGAAAUUAGUGUGCCUUUUUGUGUUUUAUAAGUGACAUUAGUAUCAGUCACAGGGUGAUGUGUAUUGUUUUACAUUUUAAUUAACUAACGUAUCAGUCAAUAUGGUGUCGUUUUUUAAAUGUUUUAUAGCUGACAUUAGUAUCAGACACAGUAUGAUGUGUCUUUUUUUAAUGAU